AAUCCUCUCCACUUGAAGGUAGGUGAUGCACACAGAUUUCUUCUUACCUUGCAAGCACCGUUGGAUGAAGAGAGUAGGCAUGAUCAUGGACAAACGCAGAGAGGAGGACAUUGUUUAUUUGCGUAGGACUGUCGGGGGAUAAUUCGAUCGAGUGGGAGUUGUUACAUGGAAGAGGAGCUAGCAGCUGGGCGAUCGUUUGGCUAGGUGACGAGGAAGAAAUUGAUACGGCCGGUCGUUGUACGGGAGCACGGCCAGAGAUGGAGUUCGAUAAGGUCUGCACCCAAAUCAGAAGGUUUGGCCACCCUUAACAAUAUCCUCAUCGGAUAUAACUUGGGGAAGGCGAAGGCGUACCCCCUACUAUAUAAGCUCGGCCACCCACGCCCCAAACAAAUCACAACCAACCUUCCUCAAGUCGUUUGUUCCCACGAGCAAUCGAGUUGUGUUCCCGGUGAUCGAUCGAUCCAUCUUGCUGAGCAUCAUGGUUUCCGCCGACGUGGCCCGCAACAUCGUCGGCAUCAUUGGCAAUGUCAUCUCCUUUGGACUCUUCCUCUCCCCUGUGCCGAUGUUCUGGCGUAUCUGCAAGGCCAAGAACGUGGAGGAGUUCAAGCCGGACCCCUACCUGGCGACGCUCAUGAACUGCCUGCUCUUGUUCUUCUACGGGCUCCCUAUCGUCCACCCCAACAGCACCCUCGUCCUCACCAUCAACGGCAUCGACCUCGUCAUCGAGGGCGCCUACAUCAUCAUCUUCAUCAUCUACGCGACCAAGAACACAAGGUGGAAGAUGCUCGGCGUGCUCGCCAUCCAGGCGGCGUUCAUGGCUGCCGUGGUGGCCGGUGUGCUCGUCGGCGCCCACACCCACGAGAAGCGCUCGAUGAUCGUAGGCAUCCUUUGCGUCAUCUUCGGCUCCAUCAUGUACGCCUCCCCGCUCACCAUCAUGGGUAAAGUGAUCGGGACCAAGAGUGUGGAGUACAUGCCAUUCUUCCUGUCGCUGGUAAACUUCCUCAACAGUCUCUGCUGGAUGGGCUAUGCGCUAAUCAAGUUUGACAUCUACAUCACGAUCCCCAAUGCCCUCGGUACAAUCUUCGGCCUCAUCCAGCUGAUCCUUUACGGGUACUACUACAGAUCUACCCCCAAGAAGGGCAAGAAUGUCGAGCUGCCCACCGUCCUCACCAAAAACGCCGUUACCAGCGGCAACGUCUCCGUCACCAUAGAGAAAUAAGCUUUGCUUCGUUUUUAGCCCUAAAGAUUUUGAGUAGUUAAUACGGGAUGAUACUUCAACAGGUCUGAUGUUAAUUAGUUGUACUUUUUGUUAGCUAGUAGAGUCUGAGAUUGCCUUUAAUUUUGUGAACCAUUGUUGUCUGUCCGAGACUACAGUGCAAAUUGCAAGUGUAUAUAAAUACCAAUGCAGCUGAGUUAUCCCAGAGAUAUAUUAUGA